AUGACAGGGGCGUCGGGAGGCAUAUGCGAGAAAUACAAGUCCUAUACGGAGAACAUUGGCGGACGACAAGUGCAAACCAAACGCAGUCUAAACACCGGAAUCAUAACAUUCGUGAACUACAACUCGCGAGUGCCGCCCAAAGUGAGCGAACUGACGCUCGCCCACGAGAUCGGCCACAACUUUGGCUCUCCCCACGACUACCCACUCGACUGCCGGCCCGGGGGUUCGCAGGGAAACUACAUCAUGUACUCGUCGGCCACUUCGGGAGAGCGGCCAAACAAUAACAAGUUCUCGUUCUGUUCGGUGAACAACAUAUCGUCUGUAUUGCACGCCGUGUUCAACAACGAGGGCAAAGACAACUGCUUCCAGGAGGACAACGGGCCCUUCUGUGGCAAUAAGAUUGUCGAAGAGGGCGAAGAGUGCGACUGCGGCUACGAUAUGAAAGAGUGUAACGAAAAGUGCUGCUAUCCGAGAGAGAUCGAGCCGUUUCGCGCUCGGGAGCCGUACGCCAAGCCGUGUCACCGGCGGCCGGGCUUCAAGUGCUCGCCGUCUGAGGGCCCGUGUUGUACAGAGAGUUGCGACUUCGAGACCAAAGCCAAACAGUGCCGCCACGAGGCCGAGUGCUCCUAUGAGUCGUUGUGCAGCGGGUACGGCGCCGACUGUCCGCGUCCGCCGUCCAAACCCAACAACAAAACGGAGUGUAACGGCGGAACUCAGGUGUGUUGGAACGGCGACUGUGUCGGCUCCAUAUGCCAGAAGUACGACUUCGAGGAGUGCUUUCUGACGGCCAAACGCGGCGCCAAACCCGACGAGAUGUGCGAAGUCGCGUGUCAGCGACCAAACAAGACGGACACUUGUCGGCGCACCUCAGAGAUUAACGUGAUGUCCGGCAUAUCGGGCCUGAAGCUGAGGCCCGGCUCGCCGUGCAAUGACUUCCAGGGCUAUUGUGAUGUUUUCCAACGGUGUCGUGCGGUGGACGCCGAGGGACCGCUGGCCCGACUCAAGAAUCUAUUACUUAACCAAAAGACAUUAAUGAGCAUUAAACAGUGGGUCACUACUUAUUGGUGGGCCUGUAUGUUGAUGUUGGUCCUACUCAUGCUGUUUAUGGCCGCGUUCAUCAAGUGCUGUGCCGUACAUACGCCCAGCUCUAACCCCAAGAAGCGGCCGGCGCUCAGACUCAGCGACACAUUGCGUAGACCGGCGGACACACUCAGGCGAAAG